UUACAUCAUUAUUCCAGAAAGAUCCACAGCUGGCUCGUCUUGCCAGGGGCCGUCGGUGUGGCUCUAUUUAAGUGCGCAGGCAGAAAAGACAGCAGUUUUCUGAGUGCUGCUAAGGCCCAGACACAAAAUGGACAUCGCCAUUCAGCAUCCCUGGUUCCGUCGCUCCUUCUGGCCAUCCUUCUUUCCCAGCCGGAUCUUUGACCAGCACUUUGGGGAUCCCAUUUCUGAGGCCGACAUGAUUCCCUCGCUGUACUACCCACGACCUUCCUUUUUCCGCUGGCCAAGCUGGGUGGACAGCAGCCUUUCUGAAAUGAAAAUGGAAAAGGACUGUUUCUCACUAAAUCUGGAUGUUAAACACUUUAAACCAGAGGAGCUGUCAGUGAAAAUCAGUGGAGAUUUCAUUGAAAUUCAUGCCAAACAUGAGGAUCGUCAGGAUGAUCACGGUUUCGUCUCACGAGAGUUUCUAAGAAAAUACCGUGUCCCUGCUGGUGUGGAUCCAGCCUCUGUCUCUUCCUCCCUGUCUUCUGAUGGCAUUCUGUCAGUGACAGCCCCGCGCAAGCACACAGACGGCCCGGAGCGCUCCAUUCCCAUCACCCGUGAUGACAAACCCACCGUGGCUGGGUCUCAGAAGAAGUAAAGCUGCUAGACUUCCAUGUUUCAACUUUCUGUCCCUUGUUUUCCCCUGUCCCACUGUGCUCCUGCUACAUUACGAGGGAAUAAAUUAUUAGCCCAGUGUUUCCUGACAGGCCGAAACUUAGGUUGUCUUUGCUACAGCGGCUAGAGAAGAAACAGUUAUUAGCUUGAAAACUCCAUCAGCGUCAAACUAACUGUAAACACAAUCUCUAAAUGAUGAAUGUUACCUAAAAGAUUUUUAUAGAAAUACACUUUUACAAUAAAGUAUUGUCUUCUGUUGAUGCCACCAAACAAAGAGGCUUUUGUAUAUCGUGCAUCCUUGACAGCAAGACAAAGUAUUUGAGUGUUGGAGUAUUUCUCCCUGGCAUUUUUUUUUGUUUUAUAACAACGACAAACUGGCAAAUGGCAAAAAUGGGCCAUUGUAUUAAGCUGGAUCAGAUGGCAAAAAAUGCAAUAGUCUCUCAUUAUUAAUGGUGUGAUUUGCAGGAGAGUCAGAAAAACAGGAACAUUUUACAAUAAGGUCAUAUUACUGUUACUCAAUGCAUGCAUUAACUUACUUUAACAAUGAGCAAUAUAUAUCUUACAGUAUUUAUUAAUCUUUGUUAACGUUAAUUAAUAAAAAAAAUUCAUGUUAUUUCUCUGGUCCAUUAUAUAUUAUUAACAGAUACAACUUUUGAUGUUGAAAUUAACAUUAACUAAGAAUAAUAAAUGCUUUAUAAGUAUUAGUAGUGUUAACAAAAGUUAACAAAUGGAACCUUGCUGUAAAGUGUUUCUUCAGGUAUUGUUUAUUCUGAGUUUGUUAAAAUGAUUUGUUUGAGAUGUCACAAUGGCUAUUGUUUUUGGGUUGAAAAAGUACAUUUAUUUUGAAUUUAAUGAUGGAUUUGGGACCAGAGGACACAGUGAGGGAACGUGGAUACGUUCUUAAAAAAGUGACAGUAUAUAAGUAUUUUUGAUUGGUUAAUGACACAUUUAUGCACUGCAUUGCUACAUUCACCACUGUAUUUACAUGACAAUAGCAGGAGCAGGGCUUUAAAACCAAAGGUUAAAGAGGGUUAUGAACCCCUUUCAAAUAAAAAAAAAACUAUGAAUAUGUUGCUCAACACAGCUUUAAAUGGUUAAUUGUUAAUUCAUGGUUAAGCAGCAUGAAUAAUAGGUGCUACUCUCAUGAUGGUACCGUUCCAAGAACUGCUGUUACUGCAACGAUUAAUGAAAAUGAAAGCAUAUUAAAGCAAGUUUAUUCAUGCAA